UCCGGGGUCAUUCACGUGUUUUUUUCCCAAAGAAAUGGGUGAUAAUUUCUACUUCGUGGGCCUUGAUGAUAUUGGCGAUAAAUUCGACUCAUUUUCAGAUCAGAAUUCAAUCAUAAUAUCACUAUUAUUGUUAAAAUCAGUAACACAAUGGAUAGAAACUCUCUUUCGCGCUUUCAUAUUGCCAAAGUGACAAACAAUAACAACUUCACUCUCAGGCGACAUCGUGCGAAUUCGGUGAGCAAGACUGGGCGAAACGGCUUUUAUUUCCUCCCUUCGUGAAAAUGGCUUUCCGAAUCCUUUUCGAAUCGAAUCAGUGAAUCUCGAAUCCAUCCUCGGUUACGUAGAAUUCGGAUCAUGAGUCCUGCAUCGCUAAUCUUCGGCUCUUUGAUAAGCCAACAGCGUAAUCCUUUGGUGUAUCUGGACAUGCAAGAAGACGAAUUCUACAAUCAAGUGGAUACUUAUAGUCAUCUUUUCCUCUCAGUUUCUCAUCUGCAGUCUAUGUUAUCCUGUUCUUAUAAUUUACAACAUAGAGAGAUAUUCGUGCAUCCCAGGCAUAGUGUCCAAGGAAGCUGCUAUGGUUUUAAUCGUAAUAACACAAUAUCUCCUUGUUGUGAUAUUAACAGGCUUAACUACCCUGUCUAUAUUAAGGGCUACAGCGCUGUGGUCGCCGACGAAAUACGGAGUAAAUAGAAGGGUGUCAGUAGCUGCAGGUAUUGCGGUCUUCGGGUAUCCCUUUCUGGUCGUGCUGGUAACUAGAGGUACUGGUUUUCAUUGGUGUGACUGUGAACGCGUAAGAGAAAGGGGUAAUACUAUAAGUGGGCUGCUGACGUAUGUGAGAUCUCGGGCAGCUGAAUUUAGGAAAUUUCGUCCCUACAGAUAUUAGAUUUUACAGCAACGAAUUUCAAUGCGAAUAAAACGGCUCUAACUCGGAAGUAAACUUUGAUUGCUUGCUGGUGAUCUUAGGAGCCUUAUUGAAUCUUCUGAAGGUAAGAUUAACUAAAUAGUCUUUGUACACACAAACAUACACAUACACGCACCCAAGAGUAUUACCCAGCU